AUGGAUCUUUCUCAUCUCCUCUCGUCCUCACUAGCGCCAGUGCAGGAGACUCUCAUUUCGUACCUCGGCCCGAAGGAGUUCGCGACAUUGGCUGAAGUAUCCACAGGCGUUGGCACUGCGCUCAGCGGCGGGCUUCCUUCAUGCUACCAAAACAUUGAGACAAAGCUCAAAACCUUCUUCGGGGAUCCCAAGGCGUUCAGACAAGUUCAAGCCAACACCGGCGCGAUCAUUGGCGGUGACUUUGCCCGCAAGUUCAUUGCUAACGAGCUGCAAACUCCCGUGCAAGAACUAUACAUCUAUACACAGUACUCAGAGGUUAAGCCCUUGGACCUCCGUACCCCGAUAAAUGACUUCCUGGAGCAAGAACGCUGGGUCGCUGAUGAGUACAACAAGACGGGCCUGGCCAUAUUUCGAAAGCCACAGGCUGAAUAUGAUGGAUUGACCAUCUGUGUCUUGGAUUCAAUGGAUUCUCCUCUCUUGAAGUUGCUCAACGCGGCUUCAUCUACCGCGACAUUGAACUUCAUCACUUCGAACAGGGCAUACUCUUUGUUUCCGCGAACGACCUUCAUCGACAAGGAGUGCUACGUAUUACAGAACCUGGCGGCGAAUAAGGCCGCGGCGAUACCACAGACUGUCGUGGAGUGUUCUACCUUCAAAAUCAAGCUCUGGCGUUGGAACAGCAGAGAUGAUCACGAAGGGCCGGUAUCACGUUAUACCAUGAGUGUGAUUGGAGUGGAUAGUGCUGUCCUCAAACGGUCCUAUGUCGUCUUGCGGGAAGACCAAAAAGAUGAAUAUGAGCCCGACCACCCGGCACCAUCGAGGCUCUAUCAAAAGACGAUCCACCUUGUAUGCCAAAUCCGUGCAUUGACGAUAUUAGAGCUUUCCAAGUUGCCAGAGAGCGACCGCCCGAUCGAAUACAACAACAUUAUGGAUCCGAGGACUCGCGAGACGUUCGAGUGGAAAAGCACCAAGGUACCAGAGACGUGGUCAUACUACGACGACGACUUUAUGAAGCAGCUGGGGAAGCUGUGGAGGGAGCACGAACGCGACGAGAUGGAGAAGGGCGAUGAUCGGACUAGCCAGUAA